UCAGGGUAGGGGAGUGCGGAGUCUGGAGUGUGAUCUCCGGAGAGGGGCGGGCCCUCCACCCAGAGUGGUGUGGGAGCGGGCAGCACAGGAACCAGACACCGACAAUGAAUAAAUGAUGCCCACUCGCAGCCUGCCUUCCACCAGAUCGCCACCGCCGAGCGCCGGCUGGCCAGGGGGCAGUCACCGAGCCAAGGCGGCCCGGCCGGCAUCCCUCGGCUCCCCUGACCUGCUGCCGAGCUGUGCGGAGCGCCGAAGAUGGCGGGGCAGCGGCUAGGCGCGGGGCCGCUCUGGGCGCUGGGCGGCGGCGCCGCCCUGGGGGUUUGCCUCGCGGGGGUCGCCGGGCAGCUGGUGGAGCCCAGCACGGCCCCACCCAAGCCCAAGCCGCCCCCGCUGACCAAGGAGACGGUGGUGUUCUGGGAUAUGCGCCUGUGGCACGUGGUGGGCAUCUUCUCGCUCUUCGUGUUGUCCAUCAUUAUCACUCUUUGCUGUGUCUUCAACUGCCGCGUGCCACGGACCCGGAAGGAGAUUGAAGCCCGGUACCUACAGCGAAAGGCAGCCAAGAUGUACACGGACAAACUAGAGACUGUGCCACCCCUCAAUGAGCUCACAGAAAUCCCUGGAGAGGAUAAGAAGAAGAAGAAGAAGAAGGACAGUGUGGAUACAGUGGCCAUCAAGGUAGAGGAGGAUGAGAAGAAUGAGGCCAAGAAGAAGAAAGAAGAGAAAUGAGGAGAGCUUCCUGGAGGUGGAGGCUGGGGCUAGCCGGCCCUGGGGCUCAUAGUCCUGGCCAGAGUCCAGACAUCUUAGACUCCAGGCUCAUACAUGGACCAUAGAGGUUGCAGAACACCCUCUCCCUGCUCAGAGGGGGUUGCUGAGGCCCCGGACCCUGUCCUAGAGCCUACUGGGACAAGGAUAUGACUGCACCAAGUGUGCUGCCUCCCAGCCUGGACUCCACUCCUUUCACCCCAUCCACAUGGCCGCUCAGCAGAGGUGGUCUUGGGCCACUGUCCCUCUGUAGAUCCAAAGUGGCCUCUACCCACCCAGACAUGCCUCUGUCCCCUCUUCUGCCAGGAACAGCAGUGGCUAAAGGGGUAAUGGGAUGUGGGUUUCCUUCUGGAAGGGGAUGGCUGACCUGGAUGGGCUAGAUGUGAGGCCACACCAGGCUGGCCAUGAGGAGGGAGAGGGUCACUGGGGGAAGCAGGGGCAG